AUGGCAUCUUAUUCGAAUAAUCGUCAACUUGUUCUCUUUGAUGGAGAUAAUAAUCGUAUUAAUUUAAUUGAUCAAAUUAAUCAAUUAUCUCGAAUUCCAUCAAAUUGUGACUUCAUUAUUUUUUAUAAUCAAUUAGAUCGAAUAGAAGAAUUUAUAUUAAAUGAUUUAAAACGUAUUUCACAAGUAAAACUUGUAAAAUGUGUUGACGUAGCAGAUCAAUUAUUAAGGAUUGCUUACAAAGAAGUGGUCACUUAUUUCUAUGUUCAUGUUAUUUGUGAUGAAAAACCAAACGAUAUGCAUGAUUUAAUAAAAAUUCAUAAAAAACACAUAAAUAUUCAUUUUAUCGGAAUGAAUCGUUCUAAUAUUUAUGUUCAAUCUAUUAUUUAUCGUCUUCAACAAUAUAAUGAUCUAGCAGAUAUUUCAUCAUCGAUAAUAUUAAAUAAUAAAUUUAUUUUGGAUAACUAUCAAUGUCCAAGAUGUUCAAAAACAUUUAAAUUACAUAAAGAUCUAGAACAACAUUAUUCAGACACUCAUGUUACAAUUACAAUUAACAAUGUUCAUGUGGAUUAUUUGGGAAUGCUUAAACCAAAGAAAAAAAGUGAUCCAGAUGAACGACAUAAAUGUGAACUUUAUUGUUUAGUAUGUUGUUAUGGUUGGCAAACAUUGGAAGCUCGAGAAAAUCAUAUUACCAAUGAACAUCCAAAUGCAACGGCAGAUGAUUUAGAUUAA